AGCUGAACGGAUCUGCAGAAGUACUCAAGAGCGCAUACUUCUCUUCAAAGGCAAGUGAAGGAGAAGGAAAUUCGCUUGGCUGGUCAGUUUUGUGGGAAGCGGACGGGACAGCAGGCGAAGCUUCUCCUUUUAGAGACAUUUUCCCCGGAGCAGUCAGCUCAAAAUCAGCCAGACCACCCUGCAAGGACAGCGGAUCUGAACUUCAGUUUUACACGUGCAGCCUCUGCGUGGAGGACCAGAGCGCAGCCCCCCCGUCUCUUUGACAGCUCCACAGUUCCCCCAGACUCUGAGCUGUGCCACAGUCAAGAGUCGCGCUGAACCAGAUGGUCACAUAAAGCAUGAAGCAUAAUGUUCAGUGCCUGUUCGGAUGGAAGAACCAUUCGAUCCGUCUCGGCGAACCUGGAGGACUUCGACUCCAUACGGAGUGUCCUGCUAUAUAGUGACCUCGAGCCUGAGUGGCUGGAUGAUGUCCAGAAGAAUGGUGAACUGUUCUAUCUGGAGCUGAGUGAAGGGGAAGAGGAAGCUGUCCUGGCGCAGGUCGCUGCCAGUCAGUCUGCUGCCACCAAUCAUGUGCGCUUCAGUGAAAAAGAGGCAGAGAUCAUCACUGAUGAAGGCAAAAAACGCAAAGACUCCAAUGCAAAAUCAGAACCGAAACUCAAAAAGCUCGCCAAGAUCCUGGGACGCAAACGGCGACCAUCUCAAAGGAGGGGGGUUGAUGGGAAAGAUAGUAGGACUUCUCAGCAACCGGCCUCCAUCUUGAAAAACCAGACAGGGCAGCGGGCUGGUCUGGUGGUCCAGCAGCUGCAUCUAAAGGAUGUGUGCGUUUACCUGAACCCUAAAAAGCUGGGAAGCACAUCUCCUCCUCCCCCAGAGAAAGGGGGGCUGCUGGAGGCUUUACUGGGAGUGGUUCACCGGGGAGGGGACAGUAAAGGCCAAAUGGGAGAGAGACUUGUUAUACAUGGUCUGGUCCCCCACAGCCCUGCUAGCAAGUGUGCACAGAUUUUAAUAGGUGAUGCCCUUGUUGCUGUUGACGACGUGGAUGUUACAUCUGAGAAUAUUGAGCGAGUUCUCUCAUGUAUUCCUGGACCAACACAGGUGCGGUUGACUCUGGAGACGGCCGGUGCGGGCGGUGGCGAAGUGGACUCAGCAAUGUUUAGGCCGAGAGCUCUUCCUCAGGUCAGCCAGCUGGUGCGUCUUCUCUGGGGAGAGGAUACCAUGGAGCUGCAGAUGUCAGUAGCACACAUACCUCAUAUCGUCAUGUACCUGUCACUCAAACUGGACUCAGAGUCAUCUCAGGAGGAGCAGGAGAUCCUGUAUCAGUACCCAUUGUCUGAGGCUGCAGCACAGCUGAAGGGGGUGAGAGGUAUAUUCCUCACACUGUGUGACAUGCUGGAGAACGUCACUGGAGGACAGAUUGUCAGUUCCUCUCUGUUGCUCAGGAAGCAGCUGGUCCAUGUGGGUUACUGGAAGGAAGGAGCCAAUCUGCUGGUGAUUGGUUUGCCUGCUGACAGGGUGCCUCUGCUGCAUCUGCAGACUGUAGUUGAGGGAGUGGUACGCACUCUCAGGGUCAUGUAUGGCUCACUGGACAGUGCAUUUUGUGAGGCAGAGAACAGUCCUCGUUUGGAUCAUUUCUUCUGCCUGUUCUUCCAGCAGCUCAUCCAGCCAUCUCGUUUGAGUGACGGAUCUGGCCCCUCCUCUGCAGAUGUAUCUGGCACCCUGUUCCUGGAUGGAUUACCGGCUGUACGCUGGCUUACCUUACCACCAGAUAUAAAGGUCGAAGUGGACACUGUACUAUCAGACUUCGAGUCUUCAGAUUUUGGUGAAAUGUCAGAAGACUCUUAUGACAUGAGGCGUCUGUAUGUCACUUUGGGUUCCUGUCUGUUUUACAAGGGCUAUCUGAUAGCGAACCACCUCCCUAAGGAGGACCUGCUUGAUGUGUGUUUGUACUGCCAGCACUACUGCCUCCUGGCCUUGGCUACAGAGCAGCGGGUGGGUCAGCUGGUGGUGUGGAGAGAGGUGUUCCCACAGCGCCGCACACAGUCCAGCCCCCUCACCCUCCACCUGGGCUACUGUGAGCCACAUGCACGCUACUUCCUCGUCAUUGUUGGUCUGCGGCACUUUAUGCAGUGUGUUUUACUGGAGGCUGGUGGUUGUGCAUCUCCAGCUGUUGGAUCCCCUGGUCCAGAUUGUAUCUAUGUAGAUCAAGUCAAAGCCACUCUGCUCCAGCUGGAGAGCCUCGACUCAGCCAUUGAAGAACGCCUCUGCACCCCUCCCACUCCAUGCCUCUCCUGUGCUGACUGGUUCCUUCCCUCCGCUACGCGGGACCGACUGGAUGGAAUUGGUAGCUCGCCUAUCCUCAAUCGCCUCACGGCUGCUAUCAAGCCCCCUUCGCCCAGCUUGAUUGGCCGAACCUUGUUUGGGGAGGCAGGGUCAGGCGUGGGUCCAGUGGGGCUGAAGGGCAGAAGGCCAAGCCCACAGAGGAGUCUGUCAGAUAGCGGGAGUGAAGGCCGUGGAGAGACUGCCAUGACCUUUACAUCAGGGCACAGUCCUCACACUACACCUGACUCUGCACGCAGGAUACCCCCUGGUGGCUCACGCAGGGACUCGCUGGGGUCUGGAGGUUCAGACGGCAGUGGCAGCAGUGGUGGACUGUUCAAGAUACCCAGACUGAAGCAGCCAAACCCAUUCUAUCUGGGCUCUCUGAGGAAAAGCCUGACAGACAGAGAAAGUGAGGAGAUGCAGAAUAUUCUGAAGCUUACAGCUGGCGUGGAGAACACACUCUUCCACUACGUUUUAAUGGAGACCGUGCAGGGUAUCUUCAUUGCGCCCACGCACAGAGAAGUGUCUCAGCUCAGCGGCUCCAUCCACCCUCAGCUCAUUCGCAACUUCCACCACUGCUGCCUAUCCAUACGACAUGCCUUCCAGCAGAGCCUGCCACCACGGGAGAGGCGAGGAGCUGAGAGGCCGCAGGCUUCCCGAGGGCUCGGCCCUGUAAAAGAACAUGGCAUUCUGUUCCAGUGCAAACCUGAGAACUGGACUGACCAAAAGAAACCUCCUCCUACCAUGACCUACUGGGUUAUCGGGCGGAUGGUUCUAGAACCUGUACCUCAGGAGUUCUACGUUUGUUUCCACGACUCUGUGGCAGAGGUCCCGGUGGAGAUGGCUUUCCGGCUGUCAUUUGGGCUGGCUGUGUGAUUUUCUUGCCACGUUUCUGGGAGCAUGAAGUCCUGCUCUACCCGUGAUGGAGAAGCGGAAGUCUGAUGUAUACAGCUUUGCAAAAUGUUUUCCAUAACUAUAUGGAAUAAGGGCUCCUAAUGAGGAAAGCGUGUUGGAAAGACCUAGUUGUUUAUAGCAAUAGAGAGGGAACAAUGGACUGAAUUCAGUGUUGGCACUUGAUAAAAGUCAGUGCUGGGUUCAGAACUGAGACAUAUAGUCCAAUCACUGAAUGGUGUUAAGCUGAAAAAUCUGUCCUUUAAUGUCAGUGCUUUGAAUGUUCUCUGAAGGGCUGGAAGACCAUUAGAUAUGUCUCAUCUCAACAGUAAUACCUCAGUGCUGUAUUUCUUUAAAAGAAAAAAAAGGUCAGGAUAAAGCGAACAGGCUUAGGCACAAUGCUGCAAGCUCUUGUAUUUCCACUAUAGAAAACUGAGAGGAUUCACCGACAAUUGUGAGAAAACUUUGCAUUAGCUCUGGGAGUCUCUACAUGAGUGGUCACCAACCCACCUCCUGGAUAUAUCUACAUUUCUAUAGACUUUAGUUCCAACCUGCCAGCACAAUGCUAAGACAUUCAUCUGGUCCAGCCAAUUAAAGACUUUUGAAGAAGUUAAUUAGCUGGAGCAGGUGUGCUAGGGUUUGGUUGGACCAAGACUCUAGGAAGUUACAUCUCCAAGACAAGGGUUGGUGACCAGUGCUCUACAUCAGUGGUUCCCAGCCCUGGUCCUGGGGCUACUUCCUCCCCUGCACAUUUUCCAUCUACAAACACACCUGAUUCAAAUAAUCAGCUUGUUAACAAGCCCUUCCUAAGCUGAAGUGGGUGUAUUAUAGCAGGAAAACAAAAAAACAUGCAGGGCAGGGGACACUUCAAGACAACGAUUUGCAACCUGUGCUCUGCAUCUUGAAGUUUGGGGAAGUAUAAAGGAAUACUCUGACACUAUACAACCUGAUAUCUGUUUGCCUCAGCUGUAGCAACUGUAGUCAGAUACCAGGGAGAAUCAUUUUGACAUAUUUCCCUGAAAGAAUAGAGAACCUAUUUACUCAAAAUACACUAAGAAUAGAAGUCAACCAGAUGUUGCUUCAGUAUACAGGUUGGCAGUAUGGCAGAAAUAUAUUAUAAUACUUCAAGAUAUUUUCACAACACAUACCCAAUACAAUGAAGGAAUCACUACAUACGUUGUAUUUUCAAGUGACCUUUUAUCAUGCAGGACCAAAUGGAAGCUUAAUGGCUUGCCAUACCUAUUUACAUGCUGUUGAUAGUAACAACCUUACAUCAAGGUCCAGCUCCAGUGUUUUGUAAUAUGAGGGAGAUGUUUGUUUAUUUAAAAUGUAGCAUUUGGUGAAUUUUUUUUAAGUUUAUAUGCUGUCCAUUCUAGUGCAUAUCAAAGAUGUGUGAAAUAAAUGCAAACAAAUUUGCCAUG